UGCCCCGCUCCGCUGAUUCAGUGUGCGUGAGAGAGAGAGAGAUGCGGCAGCAGGCUUGUGCAGACGGUGAAGCGCACGGCACAAGAACUCGGCGGUAGGGGGACCUCCUAUCCACCAAACACCGGGCUUUAAUUCCGUUCACACUGUGAGACCACAGAGUCCAGCACUGAGAUUCACGCACCGUUACGGAUAUAUCGCUCUUGCAAUCUGAUUUCUGGAUAUUCAUCUUCGGCUCGAGGCUCUCCAGAACAAGAGGCUCUGCCAUGGUUCUGCCACAAGACCAAGAAAGACAUGACAAGAAGAGGCAGAACCAUGACAAUAUUUGCUUCUGUAUAAGCUAAUGAAACGUGAGACAGACGUCCUGCAUGGAGGACAGGAGGGAGGAAUUAAACACACGGAGGAAAAGAAUGAGUAAAGAGAGAGAGUAAAGCAGUAGGCUCAGAGUGUGUGGAGAGGCUGCGAGAGGAUUCAGGAUGACGAUGAAAGGCUUGUCCUCCAGUCGCAGUCACCACCACACACUCACGCACUGCGACCCCUCCUAUGACUCUCUGACCCUCCGCCAUGACCGACACCCCUGCGUGUUCAGCCCCGCCCCCUCAAAUGACCACGCCUACUACAGGUGCCAAUCUGACCUGGCGAGCAGUACGUUUCCGAGGCGACAUCACUCGCUUCACAAACUGAAGGACGAAUGCGCAAUAGUCCCCUAUGUUGGACCAGGGGGCGUGGUCGGGGGGAGUGGGUGUGGCCCAUGUAGCUCAUCCAGCAUACCCCCGUUGCUUCAGGAAAGGUUUGACCAGCAGCAACCAAUGAGGAAAGAUGGCUAUCACACAUUGCAAUACAAACGCACAGCGGCACUUGAGCACCAACGCAGUGACAGUCCUGGGCGUAUACGUCACCUCGUUCACUCCGUCCAAAAGCUGUUCACCAAGUCUCAUUCCCUGGAAGGUCCCAGCCAACGCACCCUCAACGGCAACGACCCCGCCAUCCCAGCCGACGCUAUGGCAACUGCUGCUUCCCACCCUAACGUCUCCACAUCUACCAUAGGCACCCUCCACAAGACUUCGAGCAACAAACGGGGCAAGAGCAAGGAAAGGAGUCGCUCCGAGCCCAAACCCCGCGCGCGCACACCCGGCUCGGGUUACUGGAGCUCGGACGACACAUUGGACAGAGCGAUCUGCCUGUACCACCAGCAUCAACCUUCUGGAGUUAUGACCAUGGGUCGCCGUCCAGACAAAUCUCAGUCUCACUGUUUCCUAGGCCAGAGCUACAACACGCUAGGAGGUGGUCGCUCAUCUCUGAAAACCUCACGCAGCAACAACGAUGUUGGAAGCUGCUCCACAUGCUCCAACACACCAGGAGGCACCCUGGCUAUAUGUGGCCCGACGCCGGUGGACCAGGCCGGACCGCUGGUCAAGAAAAGCUCCUGGUCAAGCACGUUGACGGUGAGCAGGGCCCGAGAGGUGUACCAGAAGGCCACGGUCAAUAUCGAUAAAGCCCUACUGAAAGCACAGACCUACCAGCAGGGACGAACCUGCCAGUUUUUACAGGUUCCUCAGGAUGAGUGGAGCGGCUUGUCAUCCGUGGGUCAGGAUGAUGAGAUCCCGUGCAGACGCAUGCGGAGCGGCAGCUAUAUAAAGGCGAUGGCAGACGAAGAGAGCGGAGACUCGGACUGCAGCCCUAAACCGUCGCCUAAAGUCCAGGCCCGAAGAGCAAGCUACCUGAAAGCCACCCAGCCCUCCCUCACCGAGAUGACCACGCUCAAGAUCAGUACGGAGUCGCACUCCCCCAAGCUUCAGAUCCGGAGUCACAGCUACUUGCGAGCGGUGAGUGAGGUUUCAAUCAACCGCAGUUUGGACAGUCUGGACCCGGCCGGCCUGCUGGCCUCGCCUAAAUUUCGCUCCCGAAAUGAGAGCUACAUGAGGGCCAUGAGCACCAUCAGUCAGGUAAGCGAGGUGGAAGUGAACGGGCAGAUCGAGGCCGUGUGUGAGAGUGUGUUCAGUGAGAUGGAGUCUCAGGCCAUGGACGCUCUUGACCUGCCGUUGUCCGGAUGCUUCCGUAUGAGGAGCCACAGUUACGUGAGGGCCAUCGAGAAGGGCUGUUCGCAAGAGGAGGAAGAGGAGAGGGCGUCACGUCAGGCCACCUCACCACCCCAAACCGCAACCACUGUCAGAACCAUCCAGAGCAGCACAGUAUCAUCAUGUAUAACCACCUACAAGAAAACCCCGCCUCCAGUCCCUCCCAGGUCAACACCCACCAGGCCGUACAUCUCUAUAACAGCUCAGAGUAGCACAGAAUCAGCACAGGAUGCCUACAAUGAGCUGACCUGUUCCAGCCCUGCUAACCGGGCCUUAGUGGCGGCCCAGUCUGGCCUCAGUAACUCCACAGAGAGCAUUGAUAGCAUGAAGGCCCUGACGGCAGCCAUUGAGGCAGCGAACGCUCAAGUCCACGGCCCGGCCAGCCAACACGUGACCAACAGCACCAUAACCAUCACCACAGCCACCGCCACCACUAGCGUUACACACAUCUCACAGGACGCUAAGAGAGACGCCCUCAGGAAGUGCCUGUCUAUAGGAAUACAGGUGGACGGCCCCGAGGAAGAUACCCAAUCAGAAGUGCAUUGCAAGUUUCAGUCAGUCGGUAUUCAAGUAGAGGAGGAGAAAUGCCAUCGCAGAGUCACACGCUCCAACAGCGUAACAACUGCCGUUCAAGCUGAUCUUGACCUUCCGGAGGACAUCAGCGAUGAACAGUUCAUACAGACCCAACAAGGGCCCGUCAUCCGCCAGCCGUCUCGAGAUGCAGCCACCUCCACGGUCAGCAUCCAGGGCUCUGGGAACCACUACCACGCCUGUACCCAAGAUGACUACUCCGACGUUGACUUUGACCCCUCCAUCCUACCCCCACCGGACCCCUGGAUGGAUGGAGCGACGGAGGAAGAAUACGGGGGUGGAGUGACAGUGUCCGUGUGUCCGCAGGACGGACGCUGGUUUCUGAAGCUGCUGCAAGCAGAGGUGGAGAGGAUGGAGGGGUGGUGCCGACAAAUGGAGCAAGAAGAGCGACAGAACGAGUUACCGGAAGAGAUCCUAGGCAAGAUUCGUAGCGCGGUGGGCAGCGCUCAGCUGCUGAUGUCACAGAAAUUCCAGCAGUUCCGGGAGCUCUGUGAAGAAAACUUGAAUCCAAACUCCCACCCGCGGCCCGUGUCUCAGGAUCUGGCUGGAUUCUGGGAUAUGCUGCAGCUGUCUAUUGAGAACAUCAGUCUGAAGUUUGAUGAGCUACACCAGCUGAAAGCCAAUAACUGGAGACUUCUGGAUCCUCCUGAGAGAAAGGAGAAGCGCGUACCCCCUCCGGUGCCAAGGAAGCCGGGUAAGCGUCCCGUGCUGCUAGUGCGAGACCGAUCUCUGGAGGGCUCCCAGCGUCUGGAGGCACGCAAACGACUUCUAGCGGCUAAACGUGCCGCUGCCUCUCAACGCCAGAACUCUGCCACAGAAUGUGCUGAUAGUAUUGAGAUCUACAUCCCAGAAGCCCAGACAAGAUUAUAAACACACACACACACACACACACACACACACAAACAGGUGCUUUAAAGCCUAAGUAGACACCAACACACACAUACACACUCAUCAUCAAACUUAACACAACACAAAAGCACUGAAUGACAAAGACUAAGGCAGGGUAGCUGUAAUAUAAUCACUCUUCUUUUCUAGCGUAAAAGAGAGUCUCUUCACUGUGGGGUUACACUGUAUGUAUUUAGGAUUUCAUUUUACUCUCGUCCUGCCAUCCGCGAUGUAGCUCCCUCUCCCAAAGACUUUAAUAUUUCUAUUAGACACUAUUAUAUUUAAUUAUUAAAAAAACUAUAUAUUCAUGCCUAAAACACAACAUAUUGUACUAUUACUACCCAGAAAAUGCACAGUACGGAGUUAGUAUGCAAGUUAUUGAUCUGAUCUUGUCAUAACUUUGUGCUAAUUGUGUAAGAGCCAUAUGUCUGGUGUUCUCGCAGUGGACAGAAAUAUUUAAAGGGCAACAUACAAAUCAUCACGAUUUUCACACUGAUGUAGCUGUGAUUGUUGCUUGUGUGUGUGCGUGUCAGGUUUUCUGUAUGUACACUCUCUCUCACGUGUCAUCCUGCACCUUUGAGACUGGGCGAGGUUGUUCUGUUCUCUAUAUCAUGGAAUACAAUAUCAAAACCACAUCUUCCCUUCUUUCGUCUCUUCUUUUUCAACCUCCCACUCAAUUAUCAUCUCCUGUUCUCUUAAAUCGUGCUUUAUUCCUUCCUCAUGAGUUCUUUUUUACCCGCGCCUCAUUUCCUGUCCAGCUCCUGUGUCUUCAGCACUUUCACUCACCUGUUGGACUGACACAUUAAAGACUUCUGUCAGAUGUGACGCAUGCAGUACCGAUUCGACACGUUCACAUCACCGACGGUUAUGCCGUCAGGAAAACGCCGCUCUUCACAGCUGUGAUUCAUUAGCCAUUCAUAAAUUAGCAAUGUCACGUUAUGAAUCAUUACGUAUUGGUGGUCAGGGAUUCAGUUCGGCGUUAAGACCCCGUUCACACUGACAGUGACUUCUAGCAGCAGGAGUUACACUUUUUGAGAGAAACGUUUUGUUUUACUUCUAGCAGCAAAAGUUGCACCGACCUUUCCAGAGAAAGGUUUUCUAGAGAAAAGUUUACUUUAUGCAAAUGAGCAGUGACAAUGUAGCAACAACGCUAUGCUACCAGUAGGGGUGAAAAUAGCGAUCGCUCUUCUAAAAUCACAGUGGCCAAGUGAUGUCUGGAGGAGAUGUUUGCAUAUUUGGUUCGGUUUCACAGACACAGCUUAGCUUAAGCCAGGACUAUGCCUUAGUUAAAUAAAGAUAUGAUGUCGCUUUUAUAAAAAUGCCUUAGAAGAAUACAUUAGCCUACUGGUGUACAUCUUGAGACAAAACAAUGGCACUGAUGUAUUUUAAGAUAUUUCUGGGCAAGUUAUAUUCAGUUAAGACAGGUCACACAUUCAUUUUAGUCUGGGACUAGCCUUAGGCCUUGUCUGUGAAACCGGGCCUAAGAGUAUGAUAAUGUACAAAAUAAUGUUACUGAGGGCAAUUUCAAUGUUCUAUAUGGUUUGUCUCUGCCCACAUAUUGUAUUAAAUAAUUAUUGCAUGAAAAAUCAUGUCGGACAUAAUAAUUGAUAAUCAUUGUUUGUAGUUUAUAUACAUUUUCAACUGCAAAAUCCCAGGUAAAAAGUGCACAAAGGAUAUUUUAUUUAUGUAGAUUUCCAUAAUGUACUUAAAGUGCUCUAUUGUCACACAUUACUUUUGCACUCAAUAUACUAAAAAUAUAGUUUUUUGAACUUUCAAAAUGAACUUUUUCAUUCAUGGUGUCUAAAAAUAGCACAGCUGAGUACACUUCAGUUUAUCCUAAGAAACUAAUUUUUGGAAUAUUAAGUUAAAAAGUGCAUGAAAAUAGAGCAUGUAAGUACACUUAAGUGUAUUAUUGUGCACUUCUUACCUGGGAUGUUUAGCUUAUACAGCGAGAAAACUUGACAUUUAAUAGAAUGACUUAAAGGUGCUUUAUGUAAUUUUUCUGAGGAUCUAUUGACAGAAAUGCAAUUUAAUAUACCUAACUAUGUCUUCAGAGGUGUAUAAAGACCUUACAUAAUGAAGCAUUAUGCAUUUAUUACCUUAGAAUGAGUUAUUUCUAUCUCCAUACACCACGGGUCCCCUUACAUGGAAUUCACCAUGUUGUUUCUACAGUAGCCCUAAACGGACAAACUGCUCUACAGAGCGCGUUUCCUAAAUACGUUAUCUCGUUCAGCAAAGAAGCGAAAACGACAUUUUUGUCCUGUGAGAGCCGCAGUAGUGCUCUGAAAGGGAUUGGUGGAGUGAGCCGUUGGUUGCAAUUCGCAACCUCACCACUAGAUAAAAUCUCCACAUUAGUCCUUUGACAUUAUUUUUCAGUAAUACCUCACAUUUCUGCUUGUGAUCAGUUUUUUUUAAGUUAAGGCCAGUUGCACAGCUCACCAAUGUUAAUGUUAGGCUCCCAGCAACAAGACAGGGGUAGGCAGGGUUUUACACUGUGUUCUAACCAGACGUGACACAGAUGAAUUGACAAGCAGUAGGAUCUGUUCUAGGUAAAUCUGAGUUUUUGUACAAACCAACUGUGACAGAAUAGGACUUUUUGUCGAUCACUUGUUGUCGUUUUUCCUGUGGUGCUGUGUAGCUGUGAAUCUCAUUCCAAAUGCCUUCUGAUUGGCUAGAAUGACAUCACAGUCAUUUCACACAUAGUGUGGACAGAUAAAUCACUUGUCGCUGAAAACUUGUUGCAUCAAGUCUGGUUGGGAGACACAGUUAUGUUAUGUUGCUUUUUUUUUUUUUUGAAGUAUUAAAGUAUUUUGUAAAUAUUUAAAAGAGAAUUUAAGAUUUAAAGAUUAAAGAGUUUCUAUUUGCUGAUACUCACUACAUUUGUCCAUACUGUAUGUAGGCUAUGUUUGUUUGUUUGUUUGAAUUGAUAUAAAGAGAAAUGCCAGUAUUUUGUAAUGCAUAUGGUUAGAAGGGUUGUAGAGAUAUUCAAGACCUGACAAAACAAAGCCAGACUUGGAGACUUCCAUCUGCUUCUUCACCAUGCCAUUGCUUUUCAUUUCAUUCAUUUUUCUCAUCAUAAUAAAUGUAAACAGACAUAGUUUAAAAUUCCAGAGAUAUUUAUUUAUUCAUAUUGUAUUUAAGAUCAUGAGCUUUAGCAGGAUAGCAUCUUUGUUCUUGGCCAUGUCAGUCAAAUGUGUGUGUACGCGUGUGUAUGUAUUUCCAUAUCUAAUUGCAUGUACCCAAGUGCUUCCUAAUAUUUCUAAAUCUCUUUUUUGUUUCAACAGAAAUGUAGCACAGAUUCUUUCAAAUAUAGAUGAACGUAUUUCCUUUCAUCAUUUUUAUUUAUUAGAUGAAUAUUACUGCAGCCCUGCGGAGAUGGUGCAGGUAGACACAUGUAUCAAAGCAGAGCACAUACCAUCAGUUUCAUUCGUUUUUCUAUUUGAAUGUCCGUGUCACACUAUCGUGCUGCUCUCGUGUUAUUGAUUUGUAAACAAAGCUGCAUCAUUGUUGCACUCCAGUCGUCGAUGGCACUAACAAGUUACUCAAUACUUGUUAGUGGAGACCUAACCGCGCUGUCUCAUCUUUUUCAAUAACUGAUAAUACGUAUUUGCACUUGUUAAAUAUGUUAAAUAAACAGAUCUAUUUCUCUCACUGUGGAUAGACACAUGACUUUAAAUAUAUGAAUAUAUAAUACCCAGCAGCCAAUGUGCAGCCACUAUCUAUUUUCAUAUACAGAUGUGUUUCAUUGGCUUUAGUUUAAUCCUUGUUGGUAUAUUUGUAUUAUUAACCAAACUCUUAGUUCCAGUUAUUAUGCACUAGAGAGCCCUUACUGUGGUUAAUGUUUGUUUUUAUAUAUUAUUGACGUUUAAACGCUCGGCCUUAAUUUAUGAAUAUAUGAUAGUCAUGCACAACGUAGCCUCAGGGGAGACUAUAUAACGUGUGUAUGAAUGUGUGUUUGUGGAUGAAGAGACGAAGCAUCCAAUUCUGACAAAAUACUCAUGCAUAUUGAGAUUUAUUUUUACUGUAUCACUUUUUUGAGCACAUUUACAGUCCAAAAUUAACAUCAGAAUAACUCCUUUGGAUUUCUUUACAGUUACAGUUUUAACAUUAAGAAAGUGACCCCCUGAAAAAUGACCCAAACAUUUUUUGAUAUUGAAUGUGGACAAUCAAAGACUAACAAGAAAUAAUGUCCAUGAUUUUGUAUAAUAAUGGGAAUAAAAUUACACUGGAUAUAUAUGGAUAAAUAGGAAUUUUAGUCUAUGAAUUAUUAAUUGGUUGUAUUCAUUGGAAAUAUAUAUUUUCCCCUCUGUCCUUUUUUAGUAUUUAAAUAUUUAUUCGACAUUACAGAGAUAUUUUAUGAGAUUACUAAACUUUUUUGCUAAAACUCAUCACAAACUUGCCAUUUUCUUGAUUGUUGUCAUUCACUGCUGUAAAAAUAUUGAUUUAUAUUUGGCAAAACAAUAAUUCCUGACGUUUUCGGGUUCUAGCUCCUAAAACGGAAGUAAAUAAGAUUUUUGCCAAACUAUGGACUGAGCACCCACCCACAGAGAAUUUGGGGCAAUGAAGGCAGGUUACUAUGUAUUUACUGUUCUUGUAAAAGCAUAAACUUUCUCAAAAUGACUGUGUGUGUAAAUACAUGAAUGUUCUUCAUUGUAAAUGUAACCUACAUAUAAUGAUAUAUUACUACUUACAUUUUGUAUUUAUUGUAACAACACUGUUGAUGUUAUGGCACGUGUAUGACAUUUUGAUCAUUAAAAAGUUACGGACACUCCGAGCCACUGUUUACUUUAUUUUUAGAUGAAUGUAUGCGUUUAUUCUAUACA